UACGUUAUUUGUGAUAAAAAUACUUUUAUUUACAAACAAUACAACAAUUUUAUCGAUCAAUUGUUGGCCACAUUUGUGUCCGAUUUGAACAACAGGUCUAUCAAUACAAUGAAUACCCGACGAGUAGCGGUCGUGACCGGCGGUAAUAAAGGCAUCGGCUUUUCGAUUGUCAAACACCUGUUCGGUCAUUCCUUUGACGGCGAUGUCAUUCUGACCGCACGCGAUGUGACCAGAGGUCAGGAGGCGAUCAAAGCACUCAACGAUUUGGGUUACAAACCGUUGUUUCAUCAGUUGGACAUCGAUGACAAUCAAUCCAUCAACGAUUUGAGACAGUAUCUGAUGGACAACUACGGCGGCUUAGAUGUGUUGGUCAAUAACGCGGCCAUUGCCUAUCCAUACGACUCGACGGCUCCGGUCACCGAACAGGCAGCCAACACAUUGCGGACCAACUUCUUUAGCACUCGAAGUGUAUGCGAAAAGUUGUUACCAAUUCUCAGAUCACACGCCAGAGUUGUUAACUUGUCGUCAGCGUUGGGAAUGCUUAACAAAAUUAAAGGUGAAUCACUGCGGAAACGGUUUGCUGAUCCUAAUCUGACGGACAAACAGUUACUCGAUUUAGUUAAUGAAUAUCUUGAAGAUGUCAAUAAUGGCAGACAUGUAGAGAAAGGUUGGCCAAACAGUACGUACGCCGUGUCAAAGGUGGCGGUGACGGCACUGACAUUCAUUCAACAGAGACAACUGAAUGCCGAUAAGUCACGCGAAGAUAUUGUAGUGAAUGCCGUACAUCCAGGAUAUGUGGACACAGAUAUGACACGACAUAAGGGUGUACUGACUCCUGAACAGGGAGCCGAUGCACCCGCAUAUUUGGCGUUAUUGCCACCCAAUUGUAAGGAACCAAUCGGUGCUAUGGUUUGGUUGGACCGGCGAGUCGUCAACUGGUUUACUGAAUGAGUCUACAAAUUAUAAUAACUUAUAAUCCAUGGCUUAAACAAUAAUAAUAAUUACUGUAAAUUAAUAAUUA